CGCGGUACCGGGGAUAGGGCGGGCCGGGGCGCGCGGGGGCGGCGGGCGCGGCGCUGCCAAUCGCAGACAAAGGCCGCCCCAGUGAAUCAUGUGGUAGCGGGGGAGGAAGUGCGGCUUGUUUUCUUUCCUCCAGUCUCGGGGCUGCAGGCUGAGCGCGAUGCGCGGAGACCCCCGCGGGGGCGGCGGCGGCCGCGAGUCCAGAUGAGGCCGGAGCGUCCCCGGCCGCGCGGUAGCGCCCCCGGCCCGAUGGAGACCCCGCCGUGGGACCCCGCCCGCAACGACUCGCUGCCGCCCACGCUGACCCCGGCCGUGCCCCCCUACGUGAAGCUCGGCCUCACUGUCGUCUACACCGUGUUCUACGCGCUGCUCUUCGUGUUCAUCUACGUGCAGCUCUGGCUGGUGCUGCGCUACCGCCACAAGCGGCUCAGCUACCAGAGCGUCUUCCUCUUCCUCUGCCUCUUCUGGGCCUCCCUGCGGACCGUCCUCUUCUCCUUCUACUUCAAAGACUUCGUGGCGGCCAAUUCGCUCAGCCCCUUCGUCUUCUGGCUGCUCUACUGCUUCCCCGUGUGCCUGCAGUUCUUCACCCUCACGCUGAUGAACUUGUACUUCACGCAGGUGAUUUUCAAAGCCAAGUCAAAAUAUUCUCCAGAAUUACUCAAAUACCGGUUGCCCCUCUACCUGGCCUCACUCUUCAUCAGCCUUGUUUUCCUGUUGGUGAAUUUAACCUGUGCCGUGCUGGUGAAGACGGGAACUUGGGAGAGGAAGGUUAUCGUCUCUGUGCGAGUGGCCAUUAAUGACACGCUCUUCGUGCUGUGUGCCGUGUCUCUCUCCAUCUGUCUCUACAAAAUCUCUAAGAUGUCCUUAGCCAACAUUUACUUGGAGUCCAAGGGCUCCUCCGUGUGUCAAGUGACUGCCGUCGGUGUCACCGUGAUACUGCUUUACACCUCUCGGGCCUGCUACAACCUGUUCAUCCUAUCAUUUUCUCAGAACAAGAGCGUCCAUUCCUUUGAUUACGACUGGUACAAUGUAUCAGACCAGGCAGAUCUGAAGAAUCAGCUGGGAGAUGCUGGAUACGUAUUAUUUGGAGUGGUGCUUUUUGUUUGGGAACUCUUACCUACCACCUUAGUAGUUUAUUUCUUCCGAGUUAGAACUCCUACAAAGGACCUUACCAACCCUGGAAUGGUCCCCAGCCAUGGAUUCAGUCCCAGAUCUUAUUUCUUUGACAACCCUCGAAGAUAUGACAGUGAUGAUGACCUUGCCUGGAACAUUGCUCCUCAGGGACUUCAGGGAGGUUUUGCUCCAGACUACUAUGAUUGGGGACAACAAACUAACGGCUUCCUGGCACAAGCAGGAACUUUGCAAGACUCAGCUUUGGAUCCUGACAAACCAAGCCUGGGGUAGCAUCAGUUAACAAUUGUAUGGAAGAUUCCUCAGAUGAAAAGCUUCAGAAAAGUGUAGUGAUAGCUGAAUUUUUAGGGCACUUUUCCUUAAGAAAUAGAACUUGAUUUUUGUUACAGGUUUCCAGUGGCUCCAUAGGACUAAGCAAUAAUGUAGACUUUGAUAAACCCUUAUUUUAGUACUAAACAGGAAGCCUUGCUAUAUCAGUGGGUGUAAUUUAAACUUUUUAAAGAAAAUCUGUACUUUUAUAAAGAUGUAUUUUAUAUAACUUAAAUAAUGAUGCUAAAGUAUACUAGGUUUUUUUUUUCUUGAGAAUGUUACUGCAAUUAUGUUGUAGUUUGCACAGACUUUUAUGCAUAAUUCACUUUAAAAAUAUAGAAUAUAUGGUCUAAUAGGUUUUUUAAAGCUUUUAGACUAAAGUAUUCCUCAAAUCUUACCUCUUCAGGUCACUGAUGGUCACUCAGAUUCUGAGUGCCACAUUGGUAGACGCGUAAAAUACAAUUGACAGCUUAGCCAACUGCAACUCCAGUGUUGUUGAUAGUUAAAAUGAAAUGGAAUAGCAGCAGACUGUAAGGCCUUUAGAGAUUUUUUUAAAGAGGUUCAGGCAGUAGGUCCCUCAAAGAAUCUCUUAAGUUUUGCCCAAAGACUGUUAUUUCCUUUCAGUAGGGCGCUAAUGUAUACACAUUAAUGAUAACAAGUUGAUAACAUUAAAAAUGUAGCUGACUUAUCCUAUUAAACCUCCUCUGCUGUAUUCACAGAUUCUGCAUAGUUUUUUUUUUUUUUUCAGCCUAAUGAAAUCGAAUAUGUAUUACCUCAGGGCUACAGCAAGAGUACACCCCUUUCCCAGCUCACUGAAUGUUCACUACACUCAAGGGGAAAACAAGAGGUUCCAUAAAGGGCAUUAAUAACAAUUACCCCAAGCCCUUGAGCUAAGACUAUGUGGAAUCCUAGUAGUUUUUUCUGUAAUCUCCAACUAUUUUUAAAAUAAUGCUCUUACUUCUAAAUAGCUCUGUAAAGAGCCUAUUGAAAGCUGCACAUUUAAAAAUGGCAAAAGCGCUGCAAUAUGCUAUAGCAUGAUGCCUGUCAGCCAUGUAAAGGAAUUGUUCCAGACAAUUCCUUAGAAGCCAUCUUUUAUUUAAGUAAAAAAAACAUGUUAUGAAAUACUGCCUCCCAAACCAGAAGUGCUAUUCUAAAAACUCCACUACAUGUAUCUUGGAGCCAUAAAACUGCCUAUUGGGAGGCUAAACGCUCUGCUCUUCUGUAAAAUAGAGAUAAGGUUCUAAAGGAAGUACUGUCAUCAGAAACAAGGUAUCUUUCUGCUCUGCCUAGGAACAUCUGGGGACAGAGGGAAGGUCAAAUGAAAAGGAACUUACAUUAACAAGUCAUACUACAUGAUGCAACCCAUUUCAAAUGACCCUUCUCGUUUUGAUCUUCAGGAAUAACUGAUCUCUGGGCAUUGGUUUCACAGAGAUCAAGUCUACUAUUGUUUUGGUAAUAUUUAAAAUUGGGAUCGCAAGUUUCAAAUACAUUAUCAUUGAUUGGGCUUUUCAUUUGUAUAGAACACCUUUACUCAGCAUAAUCCUACAUAACAACAUUCUUGUCUUUCGGUACAUGAAAAAAUGGGGGUAACAUAGCAUUUAAAAUAGGGAAAAUUCUACAGUGAAGGGAACUCUACACUGUUAGUCAAGUUGCCUUAACACAUUACAAACUAUUAUUCUAAAUAGCUUUAACAAAUUAUUAUGGUCACACUGUAUUACUAAUAUUUGGGAGAAUUUAAAGGCAAACUCAGCAUGUUUUAAACUCCUUUAAGUCACAUCUUUAGAAAACCUUGCAGUCCUUCAGUAUUGGGUCAACUAAGAGAAAAUGUAUUUUUUAAAAUACAGUGAUAAGAAUACCACUAAUACGGUAUUAUACUCCUAUAAUAUCUAAACAGUUCUGUUAAUGGCAGAAAAAUUGGAAUACCCACCAUUAACUGAUAAAAGUCAUAAUGUACUUUUAUGAUGAAGCUACUAGGAAUAUUUGAACUAUUUUUGUUGGAAAGGAUAAAAAUGUUCUGAGUGCCUGUUUUUCUCAUCCCCUUUUUAAAAAAGUAAUGUUAAUUUUUUUUAAAGUGUUGUAAAUACACAUUAGGACACAAAAAACUGAUUGGUUACAUCAAACUCUCCUCUUUUCGUGAGGAAAACAAAUUCUCUUUAGCUUUCAAUGUACUUGUUCUGCUAGGUACACUAACAAAAGUACUACUUAUGUGGAAUAUUAAAUGCUAACAGGAAAAGGAAUGGUGAUUACUGGUUGCAAAAAACCCAAAUGUCCUUCUGUUUUAAAGCAACACGGUGAAAUUAAAGCCCUGAUAAUUUGAAGGUUCAAGUGUAUGGGGAAGAGGCAAUCACUGAGAAUUUUGUACCAUCAUUUAUCUAAGCCUGAUGCAACACUGAAAAGCUUCAUGUGAAUGUUUCUGGGUAACUAUAGGAAAUAGUUUCUCCGUGACUACUGGAAUAGGUGUCUACCUCUGCAGCUAAUUGUCUAAGAAUAUUGUAUAGAUAUUUUUUAUUGGUUCUUUAUCCUUUUUACAAUGAACUUAGUUGAGCUCAUGAUUAAAAUGUCUAAAGUAUGUUACACAGAGCUGUGACUGUAAGAAGGUUUAACUAUUAUAAUACACAUAUCAAUCAUACUUAGUUAUGCCAAUUCUCUCUUGAAUGUAUCAGGCAAAUUUAAAAGCUCUGCUGAUUAUAUUUAGCUGCUUAGAUCAGGCACACUUACUAAUCCCUCCUCAAAUUCCCUCUUUCACCAACAUGCAAGUCACCUGCUGUUUGUUGACUUUAGUGUUGGGCCAACAUCUAGUUGAACACUUAAACCUUAUUAAGAAGAAAGGAAGGCAUAUUAGUAAAUUCUAGAACUUGGGAAGCACUGUGAGAUUUUCAUUUUUAUAUUUACAUAGUGGAUAUUAUUAGAAUAGUGCUUUUAUCUUUUAGCAGUAAAGGUAAACUUAUAUUAAAACUAAUGGGUCUAAAUAUUUGAAACUUUUAUCGAGAUUUCUAACUAGACAAACUUUAUCUAAAAAAAAAAUACCAUUCUUUCACUUUAGAUUGCUGCAUAUAGACUGGCAUAGAUCUGAUCAGAGACACAUCUAAUAUGCAUUCCCAUUCUCUUAUGUGAGAAUUGUAUUAAACAACAUUUCUAACUGUAUAUAAUGCUACUUAAGACUUAACGGGUCCAGAUGGAGGAGGUGCUGAAAAAUAUCGGCUAAAAACAGUAGAAUUCUUCUCAUAAAAAAGACUCAACUACUAAUAAACUGAUUAAAGUGAGGAAACAUUUAACGAGGAACAGUGGGAUAACAGAGUGGGAUUCAAUGUCUAUUGAGUACCUGUGUAUGCGAGAUGCUGGACUAGGUACCUGUCAUACUCAGGAACACCCACAUACUAACAUUACCCUAGGCCCUUAGCAAGGAUACAUGAAGAACCCAUGAACCAAGUGGUCAAAAUAGGCUGAAGUCUUCUGAGGAUGUCCCUGUGCCUGUAACCCAGAUCUGUGUCAGAGUCCCCAUUUCUGUUGCCCAGUUCCUAUGGGCUGGGCACUGAUGCUACAUUCAUUAAGUGUGGAGUUCUGAGAUUGGCUGCCCACGUCAUUAAUGAUAGGUUCAGGGUCUUGAGAUCUAAAUCCAGUGACUCUGCAACUCCUAAUGACAUCUACACCAGGUUCCUCCAAAUCUAGGUUCUCUACCUCUAGUCCCUGAGUUACGGCUGGGCCCUGUCUUCUAUUUUCUCAGAAACUGGUUAAUAUCUUCCUAAUACUAAUUCUCCAGCUACAAACCUCAUCUGCCCUUUUGGACCCUGGCUGCCCUACCACUCAAAAUAUUAAGACUUUCUAUGUCUAGAACAGAUUUUCUGGCCCUGAACUUAAGUAGAGAUCAGAUUCCUAUAAGAUUCCCCAAAUUGCUAAAAAGCCCUUUUUCUACUAAUUUGUUACUAUGACCUUUUCCCCGUCAAUCUCACUGACGUACAAUAGUCCCCCACCCCCCGUCUUUGGGCAGGCCCAAGUUACAGUGCCCCAUGAAGGCAUUCACUGAAGUAUAUAAAGCACGCAUUUAUGUUAAACAAAUAGUGCUUUACCAGGACCAUUUAAUUGGUGUAACUUAGUAUCCUUAAAGUGGAUUCACUAACCAACAGUCUGGGCUCCAGAUUUGCCGGUUUAAAGCUCAUUAAAGGUAAAAGAACACUCACCCAUUUGGAGGUAUAUUCUGUGAAGGAAAGCCAGAGUGGAAGUUAAAUGAUACCAGAAUGUUGCUUAGGAAUGUUAACUCCGCUCUGACCAGUGUUAGGAAAAUGACUUUAAUUAAUAGCAUCCAUCUAUGACCGUCUGAUGGCAUUGUGAAGACGACACUAAGAUUCAUUCACAUUGAGCACCUUCUGCACUGGAUAGGUGUCUAGUUGACCAUUCCCCUUUGGCUGACAUAUUUUUUUCUUUGGGUGGAUUCUCACUAUAAUCUAGCUAGGUUAUAAUGUCUAAGUUAUAUGAUGGCAGGAAUGUCUGUUUUGUUCACUGCUACAUUACCAGCUCCUAGAACAGUGAAUAGUCAAAUUCUGUUUUUUGGUAGAUGUCUUUUUUUUUUCCAAGGUAACUUAUUGCAUUUGUACUUUUAUCCACAUACUGAUUUGACAAGUUUAGUACUCAUUUAAGGGUCCCUCCCUCUUGUCUUAUGACUCUGACAAGAUAUCCAACUUUUGGGCAAAUAAUUCAUAAUGGAAUAAAAAAAGAAACAGGGAUUUUGAAUGAGAAUAGUCCUUAAAUCAUCCCUAGAGACUAUCUUAAAAUAGAAGCACUGAGAUGACAUUCUGUCUACACAGGCACUGCAUCCUGCCUCUAUCUGCCAUCACCUGUUUGGGCACUGGCAAAUAGAACACUGUAAUAAUUUAAAAGGAGUAAAAAGUAUAAAGAACAGUGACAAAAUAAGUGGUUAAAAGUGCAACCCUUGGGAGAGAACUUGAGUUGGAGAGUUUUAGUAUGCUCUGCAUGUUAAGAAAUGUUUAAAAGCUCAUAUGGAAAAAUAAGACCAGCUAGAAAAA